AAACCGUGUAAGGUAAGGUGAUGGCAGAGAAAGAGAUGGAGAGAGAGAGAGAGAGUAGUGAGAGAGUGUGCGUGUCUUGAGUGUGUCACACUCACCCACUCUUCCGCAAAUCAAUCGUUAGCUUUGCUUAAGAAUAGCAACAACAAAGUCCUUCCACCAUUUCCUUGAUUUCACCCUCAUGAUCUGAACUGGGGGGAGAGAGUGAGGAAGCUAGGAGAAGACAACGAAGAUGUCGACGCCGAUAACCACAAUUGCAGCCCCUCAUCCUAGUCCAGUCUCUAGGUUGAUCGAUUUCGGCUCAGGUAGCGUCAGCUCGAGGUCGAGAUCCAAGUUCUUAUUCAUUCGCACCUUCAACUCUAGCCCAUUCCACAAGAGGUCCUUUUCCGGCACCAACGUUUCGGUGAAUCACCCGACGGCCGUCCAACAAGAAUCCUCCACAAAUUGGCCUGCACUUGCACCGGAUGCUUCAUCCAUCGCAUCGAGUAUCAAAUAUCAUGCGGAAUUCUCGCCAUCGUUUUCCCCUGGGCAACUUGAUCUUCCAAAAGCUUUCUUGGCAACAGCACAAAGUGUUCGUGAUGCUCUCAUUAGCAACUGGAACGCAACGUACGAGCGCUACGAGAGGCUGGAUGUAAAGCAGGCUUACUAUCUGUCCAUGGAAUUUUUGCAGGGUAGAGCGCUGUUGAAUGCAAUUGGUAAUUUAGAGCUUACUGGUGCUUAUGCAGAGGCUCUGACCAAGCUUGGACACAACCUGGAAAAUGUAGCUUCCCAGGAGCCUGACGCUGCACUUGGUAACGGAGGUCUUGGGCGACUGGCAUCCUGCUUUUUGGACUCUAUGGCAACUUUAGACUACCCUGCAUGGGGCUAUGGGUUGAGGUACAAGUAUGGCUUGUUUAAACAGCUUAUCACAAAAGACGGUCAAGAAGAAGUGGCUGAAAAUUGGCUUGAGAUGAGCAGUCCUUGGGAAAUAGUCAGGAACGAUGUCUCAUAUCCUGUGAAGUUCUAUGGCAAGGUUGUUUGUGAUGCAGAUGGGAAAAGACACUGGAUUGGCGGAGAAGAUGUAACAGCCGUUGCCCAUGAUGUCCCGAUUCCAGGAUAUAAGACAAAAACCACAAAUAACUUACGACUUUGGUCAACUAAAGCUCCAACAAAUGAUUUUGAUUUGUCUGCUUUCAAUGCUGGAGAACACAUGCAAGCAUAUGAGGCCCUAGCAAAUGCUGAGAAGAUUUGCUAUGUCCUCUACCCUGGAGAUGACUCAGAGGAGGGCAAGGUCCUUCGACUGAAACAACAAUAUACAUUGUGUUCAGCUUCACUCCAAGAUAUCAUUGCACGAUUUGAGAUAAGAUCAGGCUCGAAUAUUAACUGGGGACAAUUUGCUGAUAAAGUUGCAGUUCAGAUGAAUGAUACUCAUCCCACACUCUGCAUCCCUGAGCUGAUGAGGAUUUUGAUGGACGUGAAAGGUUUAAGUUGGAAUGAUGCAUGGACCAUCACCAAGAGGACUGUGGCGUACACAAACCAUACUGUUCUACCUGAAGCUUUGGAGAAGUGGAGUUUAGAUCUUAUGCAGAAACUGCUACCUCGACAUGUUGAGAUCAUAGAAACCAUUGAUGAACAGCUUAUAAAUGAGAUUGUUUCCGAGUAUGGUAAAGAAGAUACGGAAAUGCUGGAGAAGAAACUGAAAGAAAUGAGAGUACUGGAAAAUGUUGAUCUGCCUGAACAAUUUGCUCAUUUAAUAGUUAAACCUCGAGAGAUCGCUGUUGCUAUUUCCCUUCAAGAACUGGAAGAGUCUUCUGAAGAAUCUGAAUCAGCUGAAGAGAAGGAUGAAUCAGAGGAUGAAAGCACCGAUGAGGAAAAGGUCAUGGCAGAACCACCACCAAAACCUCCGAAAAUGGUUCGCAUGGCUAACCUCUGUGUUGUUGGUGGUCAUGCAGUAAAUGGAGUUGCUGAAAUACACAGUGAGAUAGUGAAGGAUGAAGUCUUCAAUUCUUUUUAUAAGUUGUGGCCCAAUAAAUUCCAAAAUAAGACCAAUGGGGUUACACCAAGAAGAUGGAUUCGUUUCUGUAAUCCUGCUUUGAGCAAAAUUAUUACAGAGUGGACUGGCUCUGAAGAUUGGGUGUUGAACACUGAAAGACUGGGAGAAUUAAAAAAGUUCGCAGAUAACAAGGGUCUCCAAAACCAGUGGAGGUCAGCAAAAAGGGAAAACAAGAUGAAGGUUGUCUCAUUCCUCAAAGAAAAAACAGGGUAUACUGUGAGCCCCGAUGCAAUGUUUGAUAUCCAGGUAAAGCGCAUCCAUGAGUACAAGCGCCAGUUGCUUAAUAUAUUAGGCAUUGUUUACCGAUACAAGAAGAUGAAAGAAAGUAGUGUAGAAGAAAGGAAAAACAUGUAUGCUCCACGAGUUUGUAUAUUUGGGGGGAAAGCAUUUGCUACUUAUGUGCAAGCCAAGAGAAUAGUGAAGUUCAUCACAGAUGUUGGUAUCACUGUUAAUCAUGACCCGGAGAUAGGUGAUUUACUGAAGGUGAUUUUUGUCCCUGAUUACAAUGUCAGUGUAGCUGAAUUACUUAUUCCAGCAAGUGAGCUCUCUCAACAUAUCAGUACUGCUGGUAUGGAAGCAAGUGGAACCAGCAAUAUGAAGUUUGCAAUGAACGGCUGUGUACAAAUAGGGACCUUAGACGGGGCUAAUGUCGAGAUAAGGGAAGAGGUUGGUGAAGACAACUUCUUCCUGUUUGGUGCUCGAGCAGAAGAUAUUGCUGGGUUGAGGCAAGAAAGAGCUGAGGGGAAGUUCAUCGCUGACCCACGGUUCGAAGAAGUGAAGGAGUUCGUGAGGAGUGGUGUGUUUGGGGGUAACAAUUACGACGAAUUGCUCGGAUCACUAGAAGGCAACGAAGGCUAUGGCCGCGGCGACUAUUUCCUCGUUGGAAAGGAUUUCCCCAGCUACAUCGAGUGCCAGGAGGAGGUUGACAAAGCGUAUCGAGACCAACAGAGGUGGACGAGAAUGUCGAUCAUGAACACAGCUGGCUCUUACAAGUUCAGCAGCGACAGGACAAUCCACGAGUACGCCAGAGACAUUUGGAACAUUCAACCCGUCCGUGUAGAGUAGCCAGCUAACUAAAUCGGCCAGCUGCAGCAGUGAGUGAUUAGAUCAGGUCAAGAAUAAAAGUGGCAAACAAGCCGCCAUGGUAAGUUGAGCUUUGAGUUAGUUAGGCCCAGUCUUGUAAGAAAUAAGUUAGGUAGUCGCUGCUGUGUACACGAAAAGGCUCUGCUCUCUGAUUAAUAAGGAAACAAUUGAGCCAAGGAAGAAAAGAUCCUUCUUUUCCGAGUGUCGGUGGUAACUGGUGUCGACUGUUUGGGGAAGGGACAUCAAUUAAUACACACAGUGCAGUGGGGGAAAAAAGGUUUUUCAUGCAUCGCUCUCAGUAGUCAGUACCAAAGUUACAUAAAACUCCCACAACUCCUAAACAUUCAUUGUCGCGGGAGUUUUACCGUUAGUCUAUCUUACCUUUGGUAAUAUGACACCCAAAGAAGUCUAUAUGUAGAAUUAUCCGCCAUGAAUCUCUCUCUAUCUAAUAUAUCAUCAAAUAGUGUGUUAUGAGGAA